AUGCCUAGUCAUGGUGUGCCACGGUAUAAACCCGUCGAGAAGUCCGCCGAAGAGCGACAGCAGGAGCAACAAAAGAUAGAUACGUAUCGCGAUCUUGAGCGCUCAGUCUCCGAAAAGGUGGCCGAACAUGAAUACAGCCUUGACACACUGAAGAAGAUCUCCGAAUUGCUGUCCAAGAAUCCCGAGUACUACACCGCGUGGAAUUAUCGCCGGCGAGUGCUGCGGUUUCAAUUCUCCCAAGAAGACCCGGAUGGGAAUACUGAGCAAACUCUACAGCUGAUCUCGAAUGAUUUGCAGUUUCUGAUUCCCCUUCUCAAAAGCUUCCCCAAAUGCUACUGGAUCUGGAACUAUCGUUUGUGGCUGCUGGAUGAAGCUCGCCGCCUUUUACCCCUUGCUCAGGCACGAAAAAUGUGGCAGCAAGAGCUUGCCCUUGUGGGAAAGAUGUUGACCCUUGAUAGCCGGAACUUCCACGGGUGGGGUUACCGGCGCUUCGUGGUUGAGACCUUGAAAGCGCUUGGCACCGCCGAAGAAGCGCGGGGCAUGACCCAAACUGAAUUCGAGUAUGCAAAAAAGAUGAUCGGCGCCAAUCUUUCGAACUUUUCCGCGUGGCAUUACCGCACCAAGUUGAUUCAAUCACUCUUGGAUGAGCAAUCUGCCAGCGACGAAGAGCGGAAGAGGAUGUUGGAUGACGAGCUGUCACUUAUUCACCAGGCGUUUAUCGAUCCCUACGAUCAGUCACUCUGGUUUUACCACCAAAAUUUGAUGAGUGUGUUUGAUCCGGAGAUGGCUGAGCGUACUAUGGCUCCCCGUCUAAGCUCAUCCGAACGCUUGGAAUAUAUCCGAAGUGAGAUUGAGGAGAUCCAGGAGAUGCUUGACGGGGCAGAAGACUGUAAGUAUAUCUACCAGGCGUUGAUUGAGUACACUCUGCUCGCAUCUCGAGUGGGAGAUGGUCUGUCUAGUGAGGAUCGGGAGCAGAUUCUGAGCUGGCUCUCAGAGUUGAAAACGUUAGACCCAUUGCGACGUGAGAGGUGGCUCGACCUCGAAAAGACACUCUGA